AAGCUGUAUGCUUGCGCACUAGAAGCAUCUCCGCCAGCCUGACCCACCCACUUGGUGCGCAUGCGUAUUUUCCCUUCCCCUUCGCAGGGGAAAGCGACUCCUUCCAUGAUGCGCAUGUGUAUGCUGGGUCUUGCGGCAAUCUGAGGCUGCUUUAGGGCGCUUGAGAAAAGCGGCUGUUGACGAUCAUUCUCAGAGAUCUUUUCUUCGUCUCGCCUCCUGCAGGCCAAGUCAAGUGUUGCAGCUGCAAUGUAUAGUUUGUGUUAGACGGAGGACCCGUCCCAGCGCGCUGUGAAAUAAGAAAAUAUAUACUAGCAUCAUACAUGAGAGCCUGAGCUUCCUUUGAAAUUGAAAGCCGCAAAUGUCCAUUAUCUAUAAAUAUCCAUUAUCAGGCGUUUGCUCUGUCCUUGCCACUCCUGUGAUGAUUAAUACCUUGCACUGGCAAUUUAGAAUGGCAUAAACUUCCAUUUCAUAGCAGAAGUGCCUUCCUGUGUAGAAAGAAACCGUUGUGGACUGUGGAGGAAAACUCCAGGAAGUUCUCUCUUGACUUCAUCAAACAUAAUAAACCUUGUGGGAAACUCAAUAUAUUCCUGUUAGGGCUGGUAACAGGGCAGAAUUUUACUGUCCCAGCCGGUUAUUUUACGUCAAGAUGGUUACCAGUAUUGGAAGACAGAGUUCUAGAAAACAUUCUUGCUUAGCCAUUUUUUGCUGCUAUUGCGCCAGUUUGCAUUAUCAUAGUUUCACAUAGGUGCAGCACUAAGGUGUUACAUGGAGCGGUGGAAUUUGUAGUGACCAUGAGUGUGCAUGCGCUGUGAAUGCAAAUCAUCCUGCACAUUGUUUUGCCAUGUAGAUAUUAGGAGUCACAGAUAGCUCAGGACAGGUGUCGGGUUUUGGGCGGGGGGAGAGUGUACUGCAAAUGUUUAUAUUGCGCUUUCCUGCUACCUCCACCACCCACCCAGUUGAGCCAGCCAGACCACACUCGACCAGAGCCUAGCGUCUUCCUCUUUAUUGCGUGCCUGCUUCCUAUCUUGUCCCAGGCAGGCAGAAGGUAAACGCCUAGAAAAUGAACUCCUCCUCAGCGUCAGAAAGUGGACCUUACUCCACAAACCAAAGACCCUUUUUUUAUGCACAGCCAACAGCACAACAACCGUUCCCAAAUCCAUGGUUCCUUGGCCAUGUGUACAAUCCAUAUGGUAUUCCUACCACAGGCUUUAGAAAUGGGAAUCCAUAUUUCCCAUAUUAUUCGGUUCCUUUCCACGAGUACCCUGGAUACCUUAUUCAACAGCAUCCCAUGCAUACAAGAGCUAACAGAAGACCUUAUUAUAAUGGUCACCCACCCUCGCCCAUGCUUUAUCAAGCGACAAGGUUCAGGCACUAUAGCCCUGGGAAACGAACAGAGACCAAAGAAACGCAGACUGAUCCCAAGCAGCCUGAAGGUAAAUUUAAAAAGCAUCAAGAUCACAGUAAAGAAACAAAAGGCUCUGAUGCUGAAAACAUUAACUGUGUCUCCUCUGGUGUUGGUAAAGGAACUGAAAGCUCCUUGGAAAAAACAGAGCGGGUUGUGUCUCCUAUUGUUCCAGAAAGAGACUUUGCCAAGAACUCUUCAGGUUCUGUACAGUUUCGAAGCCUUCCCCCACGAGGCUAUGCCUUUGAGAAAGAGGAAGUAAGAAUAGAGUAUGGUAAUGGUGGUGCCCCUGCCAUUCAACUCUGGAAAUCCUUCAAAGAAACAAUCCCUCUAUAUGAUGUAGCAAAGAAACCAGUCCCAGAAAAUGUCAUGCAAAGAGAUGUGUUUGCUCUGAGUUCCUGUGAAGGAGUUGUAUAUGGGCCCCAUGAACAAGGAGAGUUGAUGCUGAGCACUGGUUAUUCAGAGGAGCAAAAUACUCUUGAAGAUGUGCAGGAGAAAGAGUCUGCACAUAAAUUAAAGCUGGAUUCAGAAAAGCAAGGAACUGCUAACCAUAGAGCAAAAUCUCCUUUAGACGAAGCCAAAGCCAUGCAGCUGGCUGAACCAACCAGACCUGACCAGAUGGGGGCAAGACUGGAUGCACUAAUGUCCAAAAGAUCUUCUGGCUUCAAGAGGUCCAGUGGUUCAAAAGCUCCUCAAGAUGUGUCAAACCUCGUUCGGCAAAGUGAAUUAUUUCCAUCUGGCAUGGAGAUAAAUGACUUGUGUUUUCCUCAGAAAUUGAAUGAGAAACUUGAGAUGACUGACAAAAAUCAGGUGACUCCAGAAACAAGCUUAUGGUGUGAUGAGUCAGAUAAAUACAUUCCUCCUGAGAGCUGGCUGGCUUGUUUAGACAACAUGGACACUAACUUUAACUAUAAUGUAUAUUUGUCUCAAAGAAAACGUCCAAGUGUACUCAGUCUUACCUCUGAUGAGAUGUCUUCCAUAGAUGAAGCUUCAUCAGUUGACACUGCAUCAGUGCCUUGUCUUGGCCCUGAAUAUAUGCUUCAGAAAAACAUGUAUGCCUUCAAGAAAAGCACAGAGGGCUUGGAAAGAGAGAAAAUAAAAAGCGGAGGCUCCCUCAAUGAAAACGAGGAAGUGGUGGGGAGUGAACAGGCUGGUAGUAGCCAUAGUCAGAACCUGAAGAGCUGUUCAGGAGUUAAGAUCAAAGAAGUUCUUAGUCGAAGCAGGAAGCUGGGCAUUCUUCCACGGUCUUCCAGUAGGAAGAAGCUUUAUCCUUGCAAAAAAAAAGCUGCUAAGAGUUUAUCGCCAUCUGAAGCAGAGGACUCUGAAGAAUACUGGAUGAAGGAGGAGGAAGAAGAUGAGGAGGAGGAGGAGGAGGAGGAAGAGGAAGAGGAGGAGUAUUUAAUUCAAGGCAUCCCUCCUUAUGGAACCCUAUCACCUGACAAAAGUGGUCUUGGUUGGCAGCUGGGCCAGCAAGUAUUCUGGAGAAUACCUAAACAUGCAGUGCCAGCUCAGCUUAUUAGGUGGCCUGUACAAGAGAAAAUAAAAAUUUCCAAUCUUGCUACUAAACUGAAGGAGCAAGAAGAAGAUGAAGACCUCUGUGGUGACUACAACUUCUGUCUGAAGAGACCUACAGUGCAUCAACCAGAAGCACAAGAGUACAGAAGAAUGCCUCAAAAAUCCUCUAGAAGACUGCAAAAGGAAGGUGGUGGUAUAGCAGCUGAUGAAUACUGGAUGAAAAGUGGUGCUCGGCCCAAGUUGGCUAGCUUGAUGUAUGGGGGCCUUUUACCCACAACCAAAAGCAUAGAAAAAGACAGCUUAUCAGUAGACACUCCAAAGAAGAAAGGGGUGCAUAAGCCUCCACACAAGCGCAGGGACACAAGACGAGAUGGCACAGAAGCUGAAGAAUGGGAAAAGCCUAAAACUACUCAACACAAAGGGCACAGCGCAAAGAGAUCUCUCUACCGAAGAAGAUAAUCAGAACUGAACGUACAAACAUCUGCCUGUAUUGUCCACACGAGUUAAACCUAGCUUUUUGUAAGCAGCUCAGCAAGAUUAAAGUUGCACUUCAAAGUAAAGAUUCCAGAGUAUGUUAGAAAAAAGUAUUUAAAAAACCACUAACAUGAAGGCAUAUGGAAAUAACACAAUUGAUAUUAAAAAAUUCAAAAUUGCACUAAA